AUUUAAUCUAGCAGCAGCAUGCAGUAAUACGAGUGCCGAGUAUAUACAGUGUACAGUGCACAGUCUAUAUUAGACUAUAUAUAGUGAAGAACAAUACAGUAAUACAGCAUAUAUACAGAUAUAGCCGACAACAGCUGCGUGGGAGUCAACAUGAUGUUGAGUAGGGUUGUGGAACUUGUAAUCACUUUCAUCAAGAUCUACACCGCGUUGGAUGCCGUCAUUGUCGACUUGGACUCGGACGAAGCCAUUCCAGAGACCAUGAAGUGGGUGCAGGACGUGGACCCGCAGCUGGAAAGAGAGUUCCUCGACCUGCUGUACGAGGAGAAGUGGAAGGUGCUGCAGAGGUUCCCGAACGAGAACGUCACCGUGUACUGGACCAAGAGCAAGAGUUACUCCAACCGAGAGCUCUUUCUCCUCGCUACAGAAACGAGGCACGAAAAGGACGUGCUUUCCGAUGCCCUGUGGAUCGAGGCCUACCAACUGGGAAAGUGGAGCAGGAUGUUCUCCGACUCCAAGAUCUUGUCUUAUGCGGGGAGGAAUCGGGCAGUUUUCUGGCAAGAACUGGAACCCGUCGUACCCGGGGGAUUCGUCGCGCCCAGGGACUACGUCAUCUACUCCAAGAAGAUCGACAAUGCCCAGGUUCCCAGCAGCACCCGGAAACCCGUGUCGCCCGUCGACGGCCUCCUGGGUAGUGCUGGUCUCGUCACCAGCAGCAGCAUCAACGAAAACAGCAACGGCUCGACCAUGUUCUUGUCCUGCAACUCCUCCAAGUACGGCAUCGACUUUCCCAGUCGCGACGGGGUCGUCAGGGCCGUGACUGGGACUGCCGGGUCCAUUCUGAGGACGUACUUGGACGAGGACGGGCGACCCGUGACCCGGUUCUGGUGGAUCCUCAACUCGGAGAACUACCCGCCCAUGUUCACGCCCAUGAGCGUGGCCAGACGGGUCGUGUUGAAGACCAUGAUGGACAUGGUGCGGGACCUGCGCCGUUUCCUGCAUCACCAGCAGCUGAGGGAGCUGCAGGCUGAUGCAUCAUCUGUACCAGCAGCACCAUCACCCAUCAUAUAACAAGUGUCCGGUUUCCGAGAAGAAGAACAACAACAACAAAAGGACAAUAAAUAAAUAGACACACAUCAUCAGCAUGAUUUUAAUGAAAUGAAGAGAUAUGGAUGAAAUAAAUAAAUAGAAAGUGAUGCAGUGUAUGUAGUACAGUAUACUGUAUAAUGAGUAAGAAGAACCGCGGUAUAUUGUCGUCUUCUUAUGAGAAAUUUAUCAAUUUCUGUUCAUCAUGCAGC